AUGGCCGCGCCGCUGGACGUGGACGUCUCGUCUUUUGCAGCGGCUUUCAACCCACCACCACCCCACCACCACCGCGAACCGCAGCUGACGCUUCACGACUACCACAAGCUUCAGCAAUCCCCGCUGUCUGCGUCGCCAGACUUCGACACCAGGCGCGUGAGGCGGAAGCCAUCGGUCGCCAACCUCGCGGUCACCCCGGCGCAGGCGGGUUCUCCGUGGCCUUCGAUCUCAACCUCACCACACUUCAUUCACUCAUUCGCCCCUCACCCGCUUCUGCUUUCCUCUUUGCCACCUCCACCCGCCACACCUCGACCUCGACCAAACACAGCAUCACCCUCACUGUCAUCGACGGUGACGACGCUGCAGUCAACGCCAACACACACGCCCGUUCACCGAGGUGGCUCGAGCUUCGAGCAGCGGAGGGUGAACGAGCGGAUUGAGCUCACAGAGCCGAUUCGGACAAAGCGUAAGUUUGACAGCCUCAAGCAGGCGAAGCGUCUACCGCGACGAGCGCACGGUGGAGGUUCCGGCGACAACCAGCAGAGCAUUGAGCGUGACGGAGCAAUUUGGGAGGUUUACGCCGCGGUGUUUGAGCCCUCCGCCGUAUAUCAAGAUUUUGCGAGCGACCAGCCGGACCUGAGCGAGCAGAGCAGCGAGCAGAGUUUGUUGCAACCAGCGCCUUUGUUCGCUCAUCAGAGCGUGCCACCUAACGCGACGACUAGAACAGUGCGUUUCAGAGAAACAGAGCCGAUAGCCGACGAGCAAGACCACGAAGUCGAAGCAGCAGCAGCAGCCGGCAGAGCAGACUUCAGCACACCGAGUGCUCGAUCACGCGAAGAGAAGGACACUGCAGCGACGUCGUCCUACUCUCUCUCGAAGUUCCAAUUUCCAGUAGCUCCUGGACAGAAUAACUGGUCGGGCACCUUGGGACACCUCACCGAACCAAAUUCACCAAGUAGCCCAGCGGUACUCCACUAUCACGGCACUUCUUUUGACGUUGUGAACCCUCACGCGUCCUUGCUACUAGAAGGUCACAGCUUUGAAACCCCGGCCGAGAUAGACGGCCUGCUCGACGAGUAUUUCGACGAGAAAUCAGAAGACGACAACAUGUCGUACAACGCUCUCACCGGCGAGGCGUCGCAGAACUCCCUGCGCAUGGGCAGCGACAGUUCCCGUCAUGCUCGUGUGCUGUACGGAGACCCUGACAGCGCACGGCGUCACAUCUUGCGAGUUCAGGAAGAUUUGCAAUCUCCUCCAAAGGCCGUUGUGAACGAUUCACCCCUUGCCCACAAGAACAAGGAGUUUGAAGCCCCCAAGAACGGAACUUUCGCUGCACUUCCAGCUCAGCGUGUCAAAGUCAAGCCGAGCACAAACCCAUUCAGCGAUUCGCAGUCCAUCUCCAGAGCCGAUCCAUUUGGAAACACCAACGAUGAUCCUCCCAUCAAGCACGAAGGUCCCGUCUACCAGGACUGUCGCCCAGUUGUCAAUGCUCCAGCUGUCGACAAUGAAGAGUCGCACUUAAGCCCAUCUACUUCCACCAAGCUCAACUCUGAACCUCUCCUUCAUCAGCGCUACACUCAUUGCUCUGAUCCUUUCGACCUCACCAUUAGCGAGAAUGGUUCCCGGCCCAAUCUCAUGACCAUCGAAGAAGUGCUGAAGAAGGACCACGAUGCUGAGAACACGCCCAACGUCGUGACGGGAGCUGACCCAGUCAGCUCUCCUUUUCAUGAUGAUGGUGCAGUAUCUCAGGCGACACACGCAGAUCAAGAGUCGGAUCCCACUAUCAAAGACAUCAUCGGUAGCUACGACUACACGAGGGUGCCAUCCUCGCCAGAGAAUGAUGGCUCGGCUCAGAACAGCCCUUCCAUUGAGCAUAGCCGUGCUAUAGUCACAAAGGGCAAGGGAAAGCAGCCUAUGUACAUGUUGUACGCCCAAGCUCAGAACGUGGAUUUAGAGGAAGUCAAAACCCCGGACUCAGCAGUCGCUCUGAUCCGAGACUUCCCUACGCCACCGACCCCGGCAUACACUGGCGUCAAAUACUGGUCGAACUGCAGCGAGCUUCCCACGAGUGAUCGGACGUACGGUGAGACAAAUCACCUUCUCAACAUCACUACCGCGCCCAAUGCCACUCCCGUGGCUGACGAGAUCCCGCCAUAUGUCCCUGACGAAGGCACGAACCCCUUUAGACCCUAUUGGCUCGGUGACCAGUCCAGCCCCUCGCAGUGCUCAAGCAGUGGCACGGUCGUGUACCAUGAGAGGAACAGCAACGUACCGGAGCAGUUCAGAUUCGUCGACGACGAUGAGCUGAAAGAUGUCCAUCGUCCACUGCCAAGAAGCUCGAGCAUUUACCCGUUCGAUAUCAUCUUCGACAACGCGCCAGGUGGCGACAACGAGAGUGCCUGGGAGACAGAAGUGUCCAAGUCUUCAGCUGCUCUGCCCCGCAAUAAUAGUUGCCAGAGCGAAGACAGCUAUGCUGAUACAAGCGCGUACGGAACGGAGAAUCGCCUCAGCGCUGGCCCAGAUGCUUUGGCGCAAGCUCCCCAGGCUUCUGGCAAGCAAUCUCGCCCUACCGAAGGCCCUGAACGCACCAACUUCGAGGCACCUCCUGACGCUCCAGCCGACAAGUUUGACCAUCGCCGCGAUACUCAGAAAGCCACCAGUCUUCUCUGUGACAACAUCCUCAUCGAGGGCAUGCGUACGAAGCACGGUAGCGUUCCAAAUAUCGACAAGGAGCAGCGCAAGCUGGACCUCCAAGAACUGGAGCGUCUGCGCAAGACCAACCCUGCCGCUGUUCGUGAGGCCUCCGAGUUUCUGGCUAAUCGGUCCAUUGAGAAUGUGGCCGAGAUCAAGUCGAAGACCCGUGCCAAGCUCCAGAAGCUGGUGCCUUUCAGACCAGACUACAAGCCGGAGAACAUUUUUAGCAAGGUCAAGGAGAUUGGCAAAGGCACGCCAUCAAAUAAGUCUGUGACUGCUGCCUCCGAGCGCCGUCUGUUGGGCACACCGGACAGCUUCACAGGCCAAAAUAACCUCGAAUGGAGUGAGAGCCUCUGCGACUUCGUGACUGUUCGAGACGGACGCUCGCCAAACCACUGGUCUCCCUUCACGGAGAAUGCCACAGCCCAUGCGCUCGCCGUCCCCGCCCAACCAAAGAGCACUGCAGUGUCUGCUAGCCGCACCGCCGUCGAUCGCGGCCACCGUGCAGAGGAAGCAUCAAACAAGCGGUCGCGCCGUCCCGCUAUGAACGGACAGGUUCGCCUGCAUGAGUUGAAGCUCCUCCCACCGAAGCGUAACGUCCCACCUCGCGGCCGUGGCCUCACUGAUGCCGAGUUGGCUAGACGUGAGCCGGCGUGGACUCUGCAGCCUAAGCGGUUUGCCAGUACCCCAAUCGCCACCAAUGUGAUGACCGCACAGUCGACUGCGCUACAGCCGGAUAUUGAACUUCAGCCAAGACUCGGCAUGCGCGGAGAUUUCGCCAGAGACUUCGACUACCUGGCCGAGCUGGAUGUCUCCACGCGCAAAGAAGUCGAGGCAUACUCUGAGUCCUGGAGGAUCUUCAGCUUCCUCGUUCCAGGCCUGCCUUUUGUGUUCUGGUGUGGUGGAUUCGACUGGCUCAUACGCAAGAAGUUCAACAACCGCGUGCCUGGCAUGAGGCCCAGCGACAAGAACCAGAGUCUGAUCAUCUGGCUUCCGAUAAACCUCAUCAUGUGGGCCUUCAUCGCAACUCUCGGCGUGAUCUUUGUCAGAAUCUUCCGCAAAGACCUCGUUUAG